AUGUUUGGAAAAUCUGCCUCCAAGGUUGUACCCAAUGCCUCGAAUGGACAAAUGAAUCGAGUCUACCAAACAAUGGCACUAAUAUCAUACUUCAAGUCUCAAAACAACUUUGUUGUUGUACUAGUGGACGGAGACGGCGCUUUGUUCCGCGAUGAAUUUCUUCGUAGGCCAAGACAAGGGGCCAUUGAAGCAUCUCAAAGACUUGUGCAGGCAGUCAAGAACGAAAUCCGUGAUGGCUCCAUUGAUAAGGCUAAUUUGACUGUUGUCGUUCGCAUUUUCGCGAACAUGAGGGGUCUCUCUAAAGUCAUGGCUCAUGAGAGGGUCAUUGGCUCUCAGUGUGACUUGGCUGUCUUUGCAAAGGAAUUCAACACAACCUGUGAUGAGUUUGAUUUUAUCAACGUUGGCUAUGGCAAGGAAAACGCGGAUUCUAAAAUGAGAAAAAUGCUUGAUCAUUAUUACCGUACCGUGCAAUGCAAGAAGAUCUUCUGGGUCGGCUGCCACGACAAUGGCUACUUGCACGAUCUUCAACAGUACUCAUCCGACCCAGCAAGCAAACAUCGAAUCGUGUUGGUGGCGACUACACCGGCGGAGCCAAAUUUCCAAUCGCGGCUACCAUAUAGAAUGACCCGGUUUGACUCUGUCUUCCGGGCCACUCCUUUGAAGGUCCGACGUCUGUCAACAGUUCCCUAUACGAUUAAUGGAAUUGCCGAUUCUGACGAAUUUGUCUCUUUCCAGGCUUUCGCCAGUAGAGUAGUUAAAGCUCUACAACAUACAUACACCCUCGAUGUCCGUGCAACCAGACAUUAUACAGACACCAAGAACCCUCUCAAUACCUCAAUCGCAAACCUACAACCCCAGCUUCAGAAUCACGUCACCCCAUACACACUCAGCCAGCCAUCUCAAAUAUCUUUUAGCGACAUCCCAUUUGAACAACCCCAGCCCAUAUCUCAUCCACAGCAAUCGCCUAACCUGAUCUCCUCUGGCAAUGGCGGCAACUCAAUCCGCUACGUGGCCCCGUCUCCAUGA